AACCGCCAACAGACAAAACAGAAGAAAAUAACUGUGAUGCUAGCAGUGCUAGCUUUCCUUUUGCCAGUAGGCUGGUCCUCUGUGGGCUGAAUAUGUCGAUGUUUGCUGUAAAAAUGUCUUCAGUCCAGCUUCAAGGAGAGUCGAUCAACGAGCAGGKAACGCCUGCUGAGGAAACAUUCACAGAGUUUAAUGAAAUCAUCGUGAAGGAGGAAGAGAUGGAUGAUCAGCGCAAACUUUCCCCGGAUUUCACCUCGACACCUCAGACAAUCUUACACAGAACGGACCACCAACUGGGUUAUGUUUGGAAAGAGGAGGAUUCCUCUGACCAGCAACUCUGUAAACAAGAGACGGAUCCCAGUUUGGACCAGGAGGAACCAGAACCUCUGCAGAUGAAAGAGGAGCCAGAGCAUCCCUUGAUUAAAGAGGAAGUAUUGGAGAUCUGCAUAGGCGAGCAUGAAGAUCAGCUUGAACUGAAGCAAGAGAAUSAAGAUACAWAUAUGGUGACUCCGACUCAUGAAGAAAAUAACCAUGUAGAACCAGAACCAAUGAAAGAUCAAAUCAUCUGUAAGGACUUUAAUGAAACUGAGAAUCAGGAGCAAGAAGGAAGCCACCAUAAAGACUCAGGAUCAAAGGAAGACAAUGRGCCGGAGCAAAAUGAGAAAUGUCAGAMAACCAUAAAGUGUAAAAACUGUGUUGAUCAUUCAGAACCCAGAAGGGACAAGAAAAGUCGAGCAGAAAACUCGGCUCAACACAGGAGAAGUCGCACAGAUGAGAGGCCUUUUGAAUGCAUCACUUGUGAUGAAAGCUUCACUACAAACUCUAAUAUUAAUAAGCACGUCAGCAAUCGCACAGCUGAGAAGCGUUUUAUAUGUGUGACCUGUGGAAAAAGACAUAAUCAGAGAUUCCUACUGCAGGUUCACAUGAGAACCCACACAGGUGAAAAACCUUUCAAAUGUCAGCCUUGUGGAAAAAGCUUMCCUAGAAAAGAGCAUUUGGCUAAACACACCAGAGUUCACUCUUGUGGCAAAGGUUUUACUCAAACAAUGCAUUUGACCACUCRCAUGAAGCUUCACACAGAUGAAAUGUCUUUUCCCUGUAACACUUGUGAGAAAACUUUCAAAAGCAAAAAAUUAUUGACUAAACACACGAGAGUCCACACACAUGUGAAAUCCCUUUCGUGCGUGACCUGUGGCAAAAAAUGUAGUCACAAACAUCAGUUAAUGAGUCACAUAAGAAGUCACACAGGUGAGAAGCCCUUUUUGUGUGUGACCUGUGGAAAAGCAUUCAGCUACAGUUGUUGUUUAAAAACUCACUUAAUAGUUCACACACGUGAGAGACGUUAUCCAUGUCAGACUUGYGGAAAAAGUUUUAUGAGAAAAAACGAUUUAAGAGUUCACAUGAACUCUCACACAGGUGAGACACGUGUCCAGUGUACAACAUGUGGAAAAUAUUACAUGGACAAAAAUAGCUUAGCACGUCACAUGAGAAAUCACACAGGUGAGAGACCUUUUGUAUGUCAGUCCUGUGGAAAGAGCUUUACCCGUAAAGUUAUUCUUGAUCAGCAUGAGAGAAUUCACACAGGAGAGAAGCCUUUCUCUUGUUCGAUUUGUGGCAAAAGUUUUAAUCAAAAAGCUUCUUUGUCUCAUCACAGGUUGCUCCACACAGGUGAAAUGCCAUUUUCCUGCAACACCUGUGGAAAAUCCUUCAGAUCAAAACGUUCAUUGAAUAAACAUGAGAGUUCACACAAGGAAGAAGCCCUUUUGGUGUAGGAUUUUUUUUUAGAGAAGCAUUCUGCAACAGCUUAAAAGUUCACUUCAUUAAAAGGCCUUUCACAAAUGUUGAAAAAGUUAUGCAAACAAGACGGAAUUGAGUUUUUGAAAAUCUACUUCMAAUAGUAAAUAUGUCCCAAUAAAGGACACUGUUAGAAGUUCUUGAGUACCGUGGUUAACGUAGAUGGAGUUCUUCUGUUAGAUCUUAGUUCUGCUUUUGACCUAUUUGAUUGUGAUUUUCUGUUAGAUAAAACUAAUGACUAAAAAUGUUUAUUUGUAUACUUGUACAUUUAAUUACUUCUCGCUAGUUAUGCAUCUCAACUUUAAAAUACCAGUUGUUCAUUUCUAAAAGAAUUGUGUACAAUUCCACAGGGCUAUGGCUUAGGACCUUUAUUGUUUUCCAUUUUCACCAGUAACUUGCCUUUUAUCUCAUCACCACCACCGUCUUAUCUCACUUGCAGUAAUGCAACAUUUGGUCCAGAGAAACAUCUAAACUAACUACAAUUAGUCAAAAAUGAGGCAGCACUUCUUGUAUAAACUAUCCCAGAUCUAAAAAUAUUUUUGGCAUAAACAGAACAUUAGGUUGGUCAUUGAGAAGAUGUAGAAUUAUUUUGUUAUUCUAAAAUACUAAAUGUUUUGUAUGAGAAACUUUCAUCUUUCAAUUCCYGUUUGUGAUCAAUAUGCUGGUUUUGRAUUGAAUUUUAAAUAUGUUAAUAUACAACUUAAAUAUGGUGUGUUGUGUGAACAAUUUGAAACUCCUGGAAUAUUCAAGCUGUCUUCUGUUCAUUAAACUUUGUAAUCCUUUA